AUGGGGGAUUUUUCUCAGUGCUGUCACUGUCACUCCAUAAAGGCCCUGUAUGCAGAGUGGGUGCAGUGGACCAGCCAGUGGGAGUGGCCUAGCUCACCGAACUGGCCUGUGAUUGGUCAGAUCCCUGGUCGCUACAGAUUUCGUGGAAAAGGAAAGUAUUUCUGGCGACUCACUCGAGAGAAGCACCUGGUGUCACUGCGUCCUGCACAGAUCCAUCGGUUCUGGAGGGGCCUCCCAACAAAUCUGGACAGUGUGGACGCUGUGUACGAGAGACCCGGAGACCAUAAAAUUGUCUUUUUUAAAGGUCUCAAGUACUGGGUAUUUAAAGACAACAUCGUUGAAGAGGGCUACCCGCGGCCAAUCAGUGACUUCGGCCUCCCCUCAGAGGGCAUAGAUGCAGCCUUCGUUUGGCUGCACAACGACAAAACAUACUUCUUCAAAGACAACCACUACUGGCGCUAUGACGACCACCUGAGGCGCAUGGACCUGGGCUACCCUAAGGACAGCACGCUUUGGAAGGGGCUGCCUUCGCAAAUAGAUGAUGUCAUGAGGUGGUCUGAUGGCUCGUCCUAUUUCUUCAAGGGGAGGGAGUACUGGCGAGUGCCAGGCAGUGGCAUGGAGGUGGAGGCAGGAUACCCCCGCCUCAUCGCUAAGGACUGGCUCCUGUGCACCGAGAUGCAGUCAGACUCUCCCGACAUGGAGCCCAAAAACACGGACACGAGAGUCAACGUGCACCAUCACCCGGACCACGCGGAGAACGGCUACGAGGUGUGCUCCUGCACCUCUGACUCUGCGUCACCUUUAGGCGCCCGCCCGUCGCCGUCUCCCGCGUGGCUGCUGCCACCGCUCUGGACGCUCUCGCUGGCCCUUCGCUCUGAACUGCUAUGAUACCAAAGCAUGGACAUGGAGUUCCUGCGCUGUCUGGCAGAGGAGCCAGUGGACACACAGCCAAACCAACAACUGGAAUAUUUUUGUUUGGAUUUUUAACAUUUGGUAUCUUAUUUAUUUUACAUGUCAUUUGAUGGGCGAGGCAUCAACCUUCUCACAAGGCUUUAGAGUUUUUUUUUUAAUUAUUAGUAUUAUUAUUAUUAUUCUGUGGUCAAACUGCUUCAUCCCUGCAAGGAAAAAGGGUAUUGAUUAUUUAUCCUCACGUGAAAGGCAUCCUGAGUGCACAGACACACUGUUGCCGACUCAUGAGGCAGGAUUAUUUCACCAAAACUAGCACAGAGUUUAAGAUUAAAACCAGAUUAUGUCAAUCAACAAUUGAAGUGAAUGGAAAUAUGUUGGUGCUUUUUUCCACUGUGGAAAAACACAUUUCUUGAUACUUAAAGGGGCUAUAUGUAAGACGUGCAACUACAGUUUAAAACAGGUACUGCAAUCUAAUCUAAAAAAAUAAGAAAAUCCAAAUCAUUUGACAACCAUUAUACUAAUAGUAUUUUUCAUUACUGUAGGAUUUGCAUGACAGAGAUUUUAGAUUAAUUUGUUUUUGCUGUAAAUUGAUAAAAAUGACCUUUUAAUCCGCCCCACAAUCCACACACACAUAUGCAGUUCAAAAUUAAAAAAUUGUGACUGCGAAUAUCUCGACUUUCUUGGCCCUGGUUCCUGCAGACAGUGUAAGGACUUCUCACUGUGAGAGUGAGACAUAUUCGAGGAUAAGUAGGUGGAUUUUUCAUGGUUUUUAUUAUUUUCACCUCUGGCUCAGAGGCAUCCACACUCUCUUAUUUCCGUUGUAUUUUUGUGUCAAGUUCAGAUUAAAAUGAUAUCCAUGCUGAUUUUAAAUGGCUUUGAUCAGGUUAUAGGGUUUAUAGAGCCUUUUUUUGUGACUGUUGAACAAUUCAUUCACACAUACACACACACUCAAAAAUUUCCUCUAUGAAGACCUGGAUUUUAUUCUUGCUGUAAAGAUAUAUUUACCUAUAGACUGAUAUAUUUGAGUUGAAGGGUUCUGCCGUUGUCGCAUAACCAGGUGAACUGUGUAUAUUUUAAGCUGUGUUUUCUAAUGUAAAAUAUUUUUGUAAAAAAAAACAAUAAAAGA